AUGGGUCGGUUACUACAUAAGAUAGCUACGAGAGCAGGGACACAGGUCCUGUCCCCCAUCCCGGAGUCGCCAUCCACGUCCCCCACCCCAGUCAGCGAUGCUGAUCAUGACACAGGUAGUACAGCAAUAACUGACACAGAGACAAGUAUGGCACAGCCUGAUGUCAGCAGUUCACUGGAAAGUCCUAAAAGCCAAAGAAUCAACGUUGAAGAAAGCUUUGUGGAACAUCUCAUGAGCCUCAACGAGGACUACAGACAGCAGCUGGAGGCCACGAGGAAGGAACUCCGUCUGGAGAGAGAGAAGAACACUAAGAUGGAGAAGGAUAUGAAACACUACCGGGUUGAGUUCAACAAUUACAAACUCAGCUGGACCAUGGACCAGGCUGAGAUCAACGACCUCAAGGCUCGUGUCCAGACACUGCACACCUACCAGAGGCAGAUGAGGCGAAUGCAGGACACAAUUACUCGCCUCGAGAAGGAAAACAACAAAUUCAAGGCCCUCAACUUAGAUGCUGAUGGACACAUGAGUGUUAACGAGGAGACAAAGGCAAAAUUCGUCCCAAGGGUGCCAUCUUCUCCAGUUCAAGGCCACAGGCGAAGACGGCCGUACACAGGCAAAACUAGAGAUGAGCAGACGACAGCUCUGCCGCCAAUCAAAGACAACAACAAGGUCGUUAUGUCUUCCAACCAAACGGCGUUCUCCGAGAAAAGGGGAGGUAACUCUCCUACCCAUCUCCCAUCUCUGGGGAACAUCUGUCCCACCCCACCGGCAGGUCCUCGUGCAGACGCUCCCAGACGACGCAGUAGGAUUCCACUUGUUUUCUCCCAGGUCCAUGAAACAUCGUCUGUCGGCAGUGUACCACGUGACCACCAGGCUAAUCAGGAAAGUGGACGGAUCUCAAGAGGCUCUGAGAACAGCAGGAGGCGACAUGAAUAGAGAGGAUGGACCCGGUGUGACAUGAGUAAAGAGGAUGGCGAAUAAUUUUCUUCAAAUUAAUUUUGAAAUUCAAUUAUUUGCCAGGUUGUUUUGGGUAGCAUCUACAUUUGUAAUAUUUGAAGAUGAAUGAAAUUGAUGCCAUUUUAUAUUCGUUCCAACUUUAACACAAUCUUUAUAUAAAAGCUGUAGUUAUUGAAUAGGUUUUAUCCUGUCGUUUUCUCCACCGUCCAUUCAACAGUUCGCUCGUGCCACUCCCUCAGAUCUUGCCACCACACCAGUUAGGUCACACUGUCUCCCUUCACGCUUCCACCAGCCUCAACACCCUCUGUCGUCUGAUCCUCUCGCCCUAAGCAGAUCUGUCCGCCUGUACUGUUACUCACCCUCACCAAUGCAAGGGUGACUCCUGACUCACGCAGGCUUCUCGACAACCAAGGUCCAUCAAGUACCCAUGGUCAUAGUGCUUAGAUUGGAAUGCUUUUUGAUAAAAGAUGUAAUAUUUUUACUGCUAGGUACAGACCUAGUUUUAGCAAGAGG